AUGAAGAGCAGCGGGUCGAUCCCUACACGCUCCAGCAGUGGUGGCAGAUAUGCAUCAGUUGCCGAUGCCGCCGCGCAACAGAACACGGAGGCAGUCAACGAGAUGCUGUCACAGGGCUACAGAGCAGAUGGUCAGGACUCGGACGGCAACACAGCUCUCCACUAUGCUGCACUGUUCAGGCUGGACUCACUGCUCAUCCCCUUACUGACAAAACAGGCGCGACCGGACAUUGGCAACAAUUCCGGUGAAUGUGCAGUACAUUGGGCUGCCAAAUCUUCCAAUGUGAAAGCUUUGGAAGCCAUGACCGGGGCCAACCGGGCUGUUCUCUCCAUGCGCGACUGUGACGGCUUCACGGCCUUUGUUGUGUCCGCACAGAAUGACAAUUGUCCCGUGAUGGAGUGGAUGUACCUCAAAGGCGUGAGCCUGGAAGAGCAGGAUGACUACGGCAGGACGGCCCUGCAGUGGGCAUGCUACAAGGGGAACAAGAAGACAGUCCAGUGGUUGCUCUCGCGAUCCGCCAGCAUUGUUCACCGAGACCUCGACGGCAUGACUGCACUUCACUGGGCAGCGAUGCAAGGACACACGGUGGUCGCAGAAAUGCUGAUGGAAGUUGGGGCUGUGGAGCUCUUAGACGUCCCAGAUUGUGCUGGCGAAACGCCGAUAACACUCGCAAUGAAGAAGAGGAGCAGGUACUUGGUCUUUGCCUUCCACAAGUGCCAGGUCUUUAAUUUCCUCUUUGGCAAGCCAUACCUUUUCCAGAAUUACUUCGCCGGUCUCUUCUUGUGUUUGGUUGCGUACAACAUCAUCAUUUUUGCCUUUGUCGUGGCACCAGGAAUCGCAGCUAGAAAUCCUGACGCCGUCAUGACAUGGUCGACGCUGAUGGGGUUGUCACUGCUGCUUUGGGUUCAGUGCCUCUUCUCGGAUCCUGGCUGGCUGCAGCCGCGCACCAUACACUCUCAGAGCCACCUGCUUGGCAUCGAUCCAGCAAGGACGUUUGAUGUUGAUCACCCGAUCGAGUCGCAGAUGGCUCACUGCGACAGCGUGCUUCAGACGCUGACGACGGCCUUCGGAGAGGUUUCAGAAGUCAUGAAGCUGGAGCUGGAGCAGAACAAGUACAACUAUCAGCGGCAACUCCUCCGGCAAGCGCGGAAGCGACUUGAAGAAGGCACCGAUCCAAGGAGCCCGGCCUCGCACGAACUGCAGCCCUUGAUCGCCCCCGGCUUCCACCAAAACACGCCCCGGCAGGCCCAGCUGGACCGGGCCACCGUGACUCUACACGAGCGCGAGCGUGCUGCAGGAGACAGCCUCGCCCGCGCUCGAGUGGAGCAGCUGCUCUUGCAGGGGGGUGGCGAGUAUCUCACUUUGGUGGAGAAAGGCGAGUUUAAGCAGGUGUGCGUCAUCUGCCGCUCCGUGCGCAAGAUGCGCUCGCAUCACUGCAAGGAGCAAGGCCGAUGCGUGGACAGAAUGGACCACUACUGUCCUUGGAUAGACAACAGCGUGGGUUUGGGCAAUCAAAGGUCAUUCAGUGUGUUCGUCGUGCUACUUCUUGCCGCAACCCUGCACUUCUAUUACACAGUCUUUCUGUAUGCGUUCGACACGGUGUUCCCAGAGAUUUCCCGAGGCUCAUUCGGUGAGCUUCUACAGGCCCUGACAAGUGGGUCUCUUGGACCCGAGUUGCGACCAAUUCUGGUUCUGAGUACUGCUCUCCUUGACGUGUUCCCGGUUUACUUCGUAGGUUUGCUAGUCGCCAGAACCGUGGCAUACAUGAUGGUGAAUUUGACUACCUACGAAGUCCUGGUCAGACCCAACCACGUGCAACGACGCUUUCCAAAAAUUCGAGGGCGCUGGUGGUUCUUUCAAGGUUGUGGAUUCAGAUCUGCCCUAUCCAACUGCAUUGGCUUCUGGACGUUAGACACCAGCGGUGAUGCGGCGGCUUUUCUUGGAAGUCCUCAAGACACUAGGCAUCCUUCCCACGACCUCCUCUGUGAGCCCAAGAACUUCUCCGCGGUUGAGCAGCAGAUGACCUUCUUGGGAAUGGUAGGCAUCAUUGACCCACCGCGACCAGAGUGCAUGGAUGCCAUCAGCGCCUGCAAGGAAGCUGGUAUCAGCGUCUUCAUGACGACGGGUGACAACAAGGCGACUGCCGAGGCGAUCUCGCGGCAGCUCGGAAUCCUCGCCCCAAACUCGGAUGCCAGCAAAAAGUCCCUCACGGGCAAAGAGUUCGAGGACAUGUCCGAGACAGACAGGGCGCAGGUCCUUUCAAGAAUGAUGUCUGACCGUGGAUGCGAGGGAGCGGUCUUCUCGCGCAUGGAGCCCAAACACAAGCAGAUCGUUGUGAAGAUGCUCAAGCAGCAAGACGAGAUUGUAGCUAUGACAGGCGACGGAGUGAACGAUGCGCCUGCCUUGAAGCAGGCCGACAUUGGCGUGGCCAUGGGCAUGGGAGGCACGGAAGUGGCAAAAGAAGCCUCCGACAUGGUCUUAGCCAACGACAACUUCUCGACCAUCGUCGCGGCAGUGGAGCAGGGCAGGUCCAUCUACAAGAACAUGAAAGCGGUCAUCCGCUAUUUGAUCUCCUCCAACAUCGGCGAGGUCGCGUCGAUUUUCUUGACUGCGGCGUUGGGUAUUCCAGA